UUACACAUGACAAUGACAAGACAAUAUUUGACAAAUCACAAAAUGAAAAUUCACAAUUGACGUGAAAAAACAUAUUAAAAUAAUUAAUUUUAUCGUGCUUACUAUCUUUUUAGCCGUUUGUGGUGCUUACCGGCUGAGUAAAUAAUUAUGUUCCUUGCUUACCGGCGCCGCAGUCAAAGUGAAGUGUUUUGUUAUUGUUAAUAAAAAUUAGUGUUCUGUGUUCUGUGGUAGACCGCACAGACACAGAGUAUUUUAAGGUAGACCGAAUUUCAAACUUAUGUGCAAAGAGUAAAUUAAUCUUACGUGCAAGUAUGUAAAUUGUAAACAAUAUGAUUGUUGUGAAAUCCCUUAGCUGAUGCAUGCCAUUAUAGCUGUGUCGUCAAUAUUAUGCCUGUAGAAGUUUUAAAAUGUGUAAAUUGUUUAAAUAUGGCUGGAGUAGAAGAAGGUGAAAUACCAAGGGAAUUUAUUGAAUUCGACUUUGCCGAGGAUGCUUUAGAUUUCGAGACCCAGUUAGCAGAGGCGCGUGACAUCAAAUUCACUCAAAACUUGAUAGAACCGUUGUCCAUAGGAUCUCUUAUUGUGUGCACCGGAACACCUAGCGACGAUUUACCAUGGUUUGCGGUAAAUAUAGGCUGUGGAAACUUGGAGACCACUCGCGGAGACGUUGCCGUCCACUUCAACGUCCGUCUGCCGCAGUGCUACGUCGUGCGGAAUACUCGACGCCACGACAAAUGGGGACCUGAGGAGACUACGGCUUACAAGUUGUUUCCCUUCAAGAUCAAUCGGCCGUUCACAAUUGAGGUUUUAGUUGACGAAAAAGAGACACUAUGGGCAGUGGACGGGGAGCAUUACUGCAGCUUCGCCCACCGCAACCCGAGUCCGCUCGCCGCCGGCUGGGUGCAAGUGGCCGGCGUCAGAGACGCUGCACUGAAGAUACACAAGACUGACAUUUACCCGACGCUGGCGCCGCCACUGCUUGAUGUACCAUUUAGGACAAGUUUGUCCGAACCAGCCAAAGAGGAACCAGUUUGGCGUCCAAACGUGAUUGCUACACUAACUAAUGGCAUUCCAGAAGGACACCAAGUUGUUAUAGUUGGAAGACUGAGGCCACUUCUACAUUCGUUGUCCAUCGACCUGAUGGACUUUGGUCGUGAGUGGCCGCGCGCGAACAUACUAUUGCACGCUAACGUUCGCGCGCACGUCGAGUCGCAGCUAGCGCGGCAGCUCGUCGUGCUCAACGCGUGGCUCGGCGCCUGGGGGCCCGAGCGGCGCCAGCGGACUGCGAAACUAGUGCCCGGCACUGAGGUAAGCAUCUUCAGCAUUUGUUGUCUAUCGAGCUGAUGGACUAUGGUCGCGAGUCGCAGCUAGCGCGGCAGCUCGUCGUGCUCAACGCGUGGCUCGGCGCCAGCGGACUGCGAAACUAGUGCCCGGCACUGAGGUAAGCUUCUGCAGCAUUUGUUGUCUAUAAGUCUAUAGACUUUGGUCGCGAGUCGCAGCUAGCGCGGCAGCUUGUCGUGCUCAACGCGUGGCUCGGCGCCAGCGGACUGCGAAACUAGUGCCCGGCACUGAGGUAAGCACUUGUUGUCUAUCGAGCUGAUGGACUAUGGUCGCGAGUCGCAGCUAGCGCGGCAGCUCGUCGUGCUCAACGCGUGGCUCGGCGCCUGGGGGCCCGAGCGGCGCCAGCGGACUGCGAAACUAGUGCCCGGCACUGAGGUAAGCUUGUUCAGCAUUUGUUGUCUAUCGAGCUGAUGGACUAUGGUCGCGAGUCGCAGCUAGCGCGGCAGCUCGUCGUGCUCAACGCGUGGCUCGGCGCCUGGGGGCUCGAGCGGCGCCAGCGGACUGCGAAACUAGUGCCCGGCACUUAGGUAAGUUUCUUCAGCGUUUGUUGUCUAUCGAGCUGAUGGACUAUGGUCGCGGGUCGCAGCUAGCGCGGCAGCUCGUCGUGCUCAACGCGUGGCUCGGCGCCUGGGGGCUCGAGCGGCGCCAGCGGACUGCGAAACUAGUGCCCAGCACUGAGGUAAGUUUCUUCAGCGAUUGUUGUCUAUCGAGCUAAUGGACUAUGGUCGCGGGUCGCAGCUAGCGCGGCAGCUCGUCGUGCUCAACGCGUGGCUCGGCGCCUGGGGGCCCGAGCGGCGCCAGCGGACUGCGAAACUAGUGCCCGGCACUGAGGCUACGUUCCGCAUAGUUCGCGGUCCGGCGGAAUGGUCCGUAUUCGCCGAUGACAUGCUGAUCGGUGAGCUAGAGUACCGCGCGUCCGCGAACGGCGUGCGCGCGAUACGCAUCCGCGGUGAUCUGUACCCGGACCACGUAUACGUCUGCCCCGCUACCGGCUCACCGCAGGAAGAGGUAGCUGCUAGUUUUUAAGCUUAUAGUCUAAGAUCCGGCAUCAGAAAUAUAUAUUUCGUACGCCGGAUCUCGUACUAUAAGGUAAAGUCUAUUCGUUUAGAUAGUGUCGGUACAGCUACAGGCGCUCUGCGUUUGUUUUUCUGCUUUUGUGUAGGUACCUACUGUGUUCAAUAAAUGUUAUUCAAUUUUAGGUACUAUAUUGUUAUAAUUAUUAUAAUCACCAUCAUAAUAAGUUAGGUAGCUAAACUAAUUUUAAUAAAAUAUAGAAAUUAUAAUAAUGCAAUUUUGAUACAUAAAUUUGAGCUAAUAAACUGUUUAUCAUUAAUCAAACGCUUAUUCUAGGCAUCCUCACUAGUUUUGAAGUAUCCGUGAAUGGUGUCAAAGUAUUAAUUUAAAACACUUCAUUGUGUUACUAACUAGCAAUAAUUGCCAUUCUUUACAAAGAUCCGUUUUUUUUGUGCACUCACAAUUUCAUCUUAAGGACUAUUGACGACAUCUCAAGAACGAAUAAACAUUUUUGGUUUAUAGAACAGCCAACAAAAAUAACUUUAAACUACGACGCUUCAAAUAUGAAUGCGAUAUUCUCCAGCCGCUGUACGCCGUACGCGGUACCCUUUGACGUCGAGGCGGUGAUUUUUGUAAAAUUCCGGCGGCAUUUCUCAAAGGGCGACCGUAUCAAAACUAAUAGACUUUACUUCGUUAUUAGGUUAUUUUUCUAUUGACUGUAUAAACUAAUUGAGUAUAAGCAGGCUGGAUAUUGAUGGUGUGAUUACUUCCUGUGUAUGCAAAUAAUAUAUGGAAAUUUAUAAAGCACGCUUGUUUAGGGGGGUGUCCACAUUCUGGAAAAUCAAGAAAAAUCAGAAAAGUCUAGAGAUCAAAGAAGUUGAGAUAUUAUGCUAUAUGCUUCUAUAAAUUUCCCAGUUAUUCUAAAAUUUAUUCAUGACCUUUGGUUUAUUAAAAUAUUCUUUUCUAAGAUUUGGAUUGAUAUACUUAAUAAUACUGGUUUUGUUCUUAAAUACUUUAUUAAUAUUUGAUAAUAAUUAUUACUCCUUAAUUUUCUUAUUGAGUUAAGUUACCGUGAUAUAUUCAACUAUAUUAUUUUUGUUGAUAGAUAUUCUUUUUUAAUUACAAAGGUUAUAUUGUUAAGGGACAUUUCAAAAUGAUUUAAGAAAUUUUUCGAAUUAUGUUACCAGUAAAAACCCUAGUAAAUAAUACACCAGUGCAUUUCGUUUUAUGCACCGAGUGUGUUUAUUAUUUAAGUUAAGGCGUUUGUAAGUAAAAGUAAUGAGAGUUUAAUAAGAUAAAUAUAUAAAUAUAUCUAUUCCAUUUGAUUAAACGAAUUGUAUUCGAAAUAUAGUUUAAAAAGUAUAUUAUUAAAACGAGACAUACUAUAUCUGCAAAUCGAGACGCAUGUUUUCGACAUUGACUAUAAUGUUUUAAUUUAAGAUAUUAUAUAUGUACUUUUAAUAAACUAAUAACUUCCAUAUUUUCAUAGAAGAGUUAGGUUUUUUUGAAUAUGUGUAUAUUUCACAAGGCAAGGCUGGCACGAUUCUCUGUAUUUUUAUUUGUUAGUUUGUUUUAAAAUAAGAUUGUUGACUAUGCUUUUAAUUCACAUGCAUUUAAUUAACUCGCAUUAUAAGUUAACUGAUCUUUAUUAUCUGCAUUUUGUCGAAUAUUAUUAUUUAUUUAUAUAACAAAAGUAAAUAGGGAAAAAGUAAAUGUAUUAGGGUUUUUAUUUUCGUUGAUAUUUGGUGCGUAUUUAUUUGUAAAUAUAUUAUUACUAAGGUUCUUAAAUAUUUUUAGUAGUGCUAAUCUUUUAUUUUCAUCACAAGAAACAUGUUUAUGAAACUGAUUUAACGCAAAUAUUAUUAUUUAAUUUUCCGCCAAACAAAAGCUGUUGUACUUGCGAAGUUCAAUUUUGAUUGUAUAUUUUUAAUUUUAUACCUACUUUCUAAAUGUGUUCUAAAUAUGCAAAUAAUGUUAUUGUGAUGCGAUGGACAUGUCUGGAAUUAUACAAGGAUAUUAUGACUAAAUAGUCAUGCCUAUAUUGAACUACUUACUGAAUACUGAGCUCUUACAUGUUAAUUAUUUUAUAACACAUUUGCUCCUUAGUUAUCUCUUAUUUCACCAAUUUUAAUAUUGUAAUGUAUCUCAUUAAGCACAUGUGCCGUAAUGUUAUUUAAAAAAUUUAUCAUCCGUCUAAAAACGAACGGUACUUUUUUAAAACUUAGCAAAGAGUUUUUAUGGCAGAAAAGUGCUUAACCAUUAAUGAAUAAAAUUAACUUUUUGAGAUAAAAUAUAAUAAAAAGACAUUUAAUUCCUUAAUUUUAAUAAUUUUGACAAUAAAUGACAACCAUUUAUCUGUAACAGAAACACGAAAAUAUUAAGUUACUUUAAUAGUAAUGCUGACUGUUUUUGGUGCAUUUGCCUAAAAAAACGCCCGCGCUUCGCUAUCUGUGCAAUAAUGACAAGUGUAUCAAAAUGUCAUUUUAUGGAAAACAGGAAAAGAUGCAAAUUCAUUUUCAGAAAGCGCGUUUCCUCGCAAACGUGUUAUAAAACGUUGUAUCACAUACGUGCGCUUUGAUUAUUACAGCCUCUGCUUCCUUACUAUAGCUCUCGCCUACGGCUCGAGCUUGCAAUAUCGCUUCGGCUGUAAUUUUCAACUUAGCGCACUUAUAUCAUAAUGUACUAAAUAUGACUAUGAUUUAACAUGUUAUGAUGUUAACUGUAAGCUAAACCAACAUAAUAUUUUUCUCUAUCUUUGUGAUGUUGACACAAUCAUUCAUUUAUUUAUUUACACUUUUUUAUUCACCACAAUAAAGAAUAGUAUACAUAGAACAGAAAUGUACAAAGGCGGCCUUAUCGCUUAGUAGCAAUCUCUAUGCAACCGUAGGUCUUCAUCUUGUUAUAUCUUGUCGUGUAUUAUGCUUGCAAAUUAUGUAUUUUGCUUAUAAAAAAAUUUUCACCAAAGUCUGGAAUAUUAAUAACGCCAUAAUAUAUUUGUUACCUCCAUAAUAAUAAUUGUUAAAAUUGUUACUUAUACUCAAAAUAUAUUAGGAUCUCAAUCGAAGCGAAUCGAAAUCAAUUAUUAACGCUAUUCUGUAUAUUUUAGAAAUUGUUACUUAUAAAAGCUAUAAUAAAAUGUGGGGCUGAGACUCAAUGCUGUUAGAAGUAAGUUCAAACCUGUACUGUAGGUAUAUUAUGUGCUUAAGUUUUAUUACUUUUUAUAUGUAUGAAAAACGAAUGUUACAAAGACUAAAUUAAUUAUUUAUUCAAAGAGUUGUUUAAUAAGUAUAAUGAUAUGAUUUUUAGCCCAAGAAAAUUAGGUAUACCUAAACAGAAUAGCCAUAAAGUGGAAAACAUUUUAAUACAAACAAAAGCGUAAAGCUAGUUUGGUAAAAAUUAUAAAUUAUUGAAAUUUGCAAUUGAUUGAUUGAUUGAUUAUGAAACAUGGCUAAAACUCACGUGAUAUAAGGUCAGAGUAGUUUCUAAAACCAUACGGGGCCCUUAGUCAUGAGCUGGUUCUUGCAACGUUUGCUUACAAGAAGACGAGUCUAAUGAAGAUGACAUAAAUGAACCGUUGGAGAGUGUAACGGAACCUUCACUCCCCCACUCAACCCCUCUCCCAGCGCGCGGUGCGAGCAGCUGGCGCUGCCGCUUCGCAGUUAGGAUCGUGCCGCGUUGCAAGAACCAGAUCACGACUAAGGGCCCCGUAUGGGUUUAAAAAUAGUCGGACAUACUCCGACCUUAUAUCACGUGAGUUUUAGCCGUGUUUCAUAAUCAAUUAAUAUGAAUAACACUGAUUGAUUGAUUUUACAGAUGACUCAUUGAUUUGGAUUUUUCAGCAAUGUGUGAAUAGUGAAUCGUAAAUGCAUAAUUUUCCUGGGCUAUUGAUGACUAACUGAGCUCUACUUAUCGAUACUUUCCAAAGUUUAAGAUAUUUUGUUUUACAAACUUCUAAAAAAAUUAGUAGCUAAGGGACAUACCUAUAUAAAUUGAUGGAUUAUAUAUAAUGUGAUUGUAAACUUUGUGAUGUUACCGAAACUGUCCAAAAUGUUAAUAAAAUGCUUAAAAGCA